AUGUCGUCAGCAAGUCUCAAGAAGUUGGCAGCUAGAAACAAAGCCAUACUAGAUCAACUAUUCUACAUCUCGAUAUUGAUCAAUCUACUUUCGCUAAUUGCCGUUUUCUACUUCAAGAGACCGCUGAGUGGCAUCUACUACCUAGUCUUCUCCGUCCCCAGUGUUGUACUUCAGUACCUACUUGAAACCAAUGGCCGUCCAAUAUACGACUCAAGACAGCAAUUGGUGAAAUCCGGUGAUGACAUCUUGCAACGUGGCAGCUUAUUUCAAUAUUGCUUCGAUGUUAUUUACAUAACGUGGUUCUUUGAUGCAUUGAUGAUUAUCUUUGGCAGCAACAAGACCUGGCUCGGGUAUGGUGUGAUUCCCGGUUUCAUAGUUUACAAACUUGGUGGAUACAUCUUGCCAUUUUUCAAAAAGUCUGGUGGCGGCAGUAGCGGGGAUGAGCUGGGUGCGAAUGGUGCUGCUUCGCGGUUGGACAAAAAGGAGGAUUCGGGGUUGAGCAAACGUCAACAGAAGUUGAAAGCUAGAAAAGAAAAAGGGCCAGCUGUAAAAUAUAGAUGA